UAUAGAAAACAAAUCAAGCAAAAUAAUCAUGAAAAUGGUACAAACUAAUAAUCCAGAGACGGAUUUUAAGGAGCGUUUAAUAUCUGCCGUUAAAAAGGAGGUUAAGCAGUUGAUGGAAGAAGCUGUUACCAAGAAAUAUGUACACGAGGAAAGUACUACAGUGACACAAUUGUGUGCUGCGGUGGAAGCUUGCUUGAGUCAGGGUUUGAGACGUCGUGCUUUGGGUUUGUUCAAAACUUCAUCGACUACAGCUCUGUUGCAUAAAAUUGCCAAACUUUGCUCAGAUGCCGAACAUAUUAGUAAAAUGGUACAAGAUAUCGAAGCAAAUGAUCCACACAAGCGUUCGUCCUCGAGUAGUGACAGUUUCAAUCGUCCGCCAAUGAUGAAGAAGGGAAGCAGCAGUUCUGUAACCAGUGCAAUGAGUACUAGCUGUUCGAGUGUUUCGUUGGCUUCAAUGAAAUAUUUAUGGAUACGUUUGGCUCUUUAUGAAAAACGUUUGGUGAAAAUCAUUGAAUUUCUGGUAGAAAAUGCCUCAUCUUAUUAUGAACGUGAUUCUUUAGUUGCCGACUCUGAUUAUGGCUGUAUUUUGAGUUCGCUUUUGGUGGGUCCCUGUGCUUUGGAAUUUACCAAAGCCAAAACUGCUGAUCAUUACUGGACAGAUCCACAUGCCGAUGAAUUAGUACAAAGACAUCGCAUUAGUUCGGGCAGGCGAUCUUCAUCGGUAUCCUCAAGAGCGCCAAUUAUAAAUUUCAAAAGAAGCUUAAAUACUAGCACAGAUGAGGCCAAUGCAGGCACCUUUAAAUCAAUAGCUUCUUGUACAGUUGCCAAAGAUUAUGUAGAGUCUUUACAUCAGAAUUCGAGGGCUACCUUAUUGUAUGGGAAAAAUAAUGUGCAAGUAUUGCCGAAAGAUUGCAGCGAGCCCAUGUUGGGUUAUUUGAGCCUUCAUCAACAUAUACAAACGCUAACCAUCAAAUGGACUCCCAAUCAAUUGAUGAAUGGUUAUCAGGAAUCAGAAGAAGAUGUCGAUAAGGAACACUUUUGGGCCUAUGCCUUAAACAUCAACGUGGACGAUAUAGUCUAUGUGCAUUGUCAUCAAAACAAGGGAGAAGAUAGUGGUGGCACCGUAAUCUUAGUCAGCCAGGAUGGUUUGCAGCGUCCUCCCAUAAUAUUUCCUGAAGGUGGACAUAUGCAACAGUUCCUAAGUUGUUUAGAGACGGGUCUCUUGCCUCAUGGACAACUGGAUCCACCAUUGUGGUCUCAAAGGGGCAUUGGCAAAAUAUUCCCUUGGCCUAAAAGUGUACGCAGGCGUAUAUUGCCCUCUGUAAUGGAGUCUUUCGAUGAGACCCCCAUUGAUUAUGUUUUUCGUAUUGUUAGCAAAAGUAAACACGAAGAAUUUGCGGCUGCUCAUUCUAUAUUGGAUUUUGUGCGAAGUACACCACGGCGAGCCCAACUGAGCAGUUGUUCAACAACAGGCAGCAGCGAUUGUUCCAGUAAAAGUAUUUCCAUCGAUCAAUAUCCUUUGGAGUCACCACUACCGCAAACAAAUCAAAAUGCCAGUAUUGAAAUGGUCUGCUCUACCAUGAAACGUCAAAUAAUAUCAAGGGCAUUUUAUGGCUGGUUGGCCUACUGCAGGCAUUUAUCCACAGUACGCACUCAUCUAUCCGGUUUGGUUAAUGGACGCAUAACACCAGAAAUGAAAGCUGACGAAGAUGGUUUAACGGUUGAAAAGUGGAAGGAAUUAAACGAGAACGGUAGGGCUGUCAAUGCAAAUGAGGUCUUCCGUUUAGUAUAUUUUGGUGGUGUAGCUCCAGAACUGCGCAAAGAAAUCUGGCCCUACCUUUUAGGCCAUUAUACAUUUGGUAGCACUAUGGAAGAACGACAGAAUUUAGACGAAACCUGCAAACACUACUAUGAGACAACAAUGAGCGAAUGGUUGGCUGUGGACGCCAUAGUACAACAAAGAGAGAAGGAGAAAACAGCCAGAGCUGUGGCAAAACUAAGUUCUGGCAGUAAUAGUGGUCAAGAGAAAACAGUACGACAUGUCGAUAUAGAAACAGGAGACUUGGAGAAUGAAGUCUUUGAAGAUAUUUCCGAUAUAUCCGAUCCUGGUGAUUUGGAAUUUGAGGAAGAUCAAAGAGAACCCUUACAAAUGGCCACAACUAGCAGUACAGGCCAUCUAAUGGUGAAACCUAUACCACGAGCCAUGAAAACUAGUACAGACUCUGGAAAUGUAGAUGAUACUACCGAUGAUCUGAAUAUUGAAGAAGAAGAGCGAGAAGAUGCAAAAUUCGAACCUCCAUCACAUUUCUCCAAGGAGGAACCAUCUUUAAGAGAAGAAUUCUCAGCCAAUGUCAAUGCAAGUGCUAAAAGUACGCCUUCAACUUCAUCUUAUGAUACCGUAGGAAAUGGUUAUGUAGAAUUAAAACCAGAACAAUCAACUCAAUUUAUAGCUUCCGAAGAUAUGGAUACAAAAUCCAUACUAAGUCCAGAGUAUCUAAGUGCGGACGAUAUUCAAGAACAUUUACAUGAUGACGUACAUGAACAAACCGGAAUAGAGCAAGAAGCGUCGGACGAAGAGAAAGAUUUAAAAACUGCUGUUAUUGUUACAAAUGCCUCGGUGGAUAUUAUCAAUUGGGAGAUCAGUCCCAAAAUAUCUAGUAUGCGUAUGUCACCUCUUGAAGAGCUGACCAAUCAAACAGUUUUUGAUGCUCUGCAGGAGCCCAAGUCUGCCUGUGUAUCACCAGCGAGUUCCAAUGGUGGUGUUUAUAGUAGCGAAUUGCUGGAACAAUUCGGAUUAAACCUGCAUCGCAUUGAGAAGGAUGUACAACGUUGCGAUCGAAAUUAUCCCUACUUUGCUAACGAAAAUUUGGAUAAAUUACGAAAUGUUAUUUCAACCUAUGUAUGGGAGCAUUUAGAUAUUGGUUACAUGCAGGGCAUGUGCGAUUUGGUGGCUCCACUCCUUGUAAUAUUCGAUGAUGAAUCCUUAACAUACAGUUGUUUUUGCAAGCUAAUGGAGCGUAUGAUUGAGAAUUUUCCCAAUGGUGGAGCAAUGGAUAUGCAUUUUGCCAAUAUGAGAUCAUUGAUACAGAUUCUGGACUCGGAAAUGUAUGACCUCAUGGAUUCAAAUGGUGAUUAUACACAUUUCUAUUUCUGUUAUCGUUGGUUUUUGUUGGAUUUUAAACGGGAACUGGUUUACGAUGAUGUAUUUUCCACUUGGGAAGUAAUAUGGGCUGCCAAACAUGUCGCCUCGGGAAAUUUUGUAUUGUUUUUGGCAUUGGCUUUAUUGGAAACCUAUAGAGAUAUAAUUCUAUCGAAUAGUAUGGAUUUUACGGAUGUCAUUAAGUUUUUCAAUGAAAUGGCAGAGCGACACAAUGCCCAGUCUAUUUUACAGUUGGCUCGCAGUUUGGUGUUGCAAUUGCAGAUGAUUAUUGAAAAUAAAUAAAGAAAUUAAUAAAUUACGAAGUAGUUAUUUAUAUUAUACAUUUAAACACGUGCAUGUAAAUUAGAUUUAUGUUUAGCAUAAAUAACUUCACAAGUAGAGGCCAAAAUCAAAGAAAUUAAAUUCUUCCUGUAGUUGUAGAUCGAAUGAGAAACUCUAUUGAAAACUUCCAAUUUAAUUACAUAUAUGAUUUUCUUUGUAGUAGAUAAUUUAAAUUUUUAUAAAUGUUUUC